AUGCAAUUAUCUCCUAUUGAUUUAGAUUAUUUACAUUAAGAAAGUAUUGGAGGAGUCAUUGCCAAUGGAUUGACAGUGCUUUACAAUACACAACCUGAAAAACCUAUUGAAUUUUUAGCUAAAUGGUUAUUAUAAUAUUGUAAAACUUCCACUCAGAAAAAUCACUUCUAUGAUGAUGUAUGAUAAUCUUCACUUAAUAGUUAAUAGCUCUAAAAGAAAGAAUAAAACAUUUAGAAUUUUAUCCAAUAGCAAAAGUAAGAGUAGCAAAAAUUAGAAGAAUUACUUUAAUUCAAAUAAUAAACAAUGGAAUAAGAACUAAAUUACAUUGAAUAUCUAAGAAAUCAUCCAUAUCAUUAAGAAUUGAUUAUAUAGGAGUUUCCAGAUUUUUUAAUGAAGAAAUUUGUAAGAAUCUCAUAUAUUAUUUCAAUUUAGAAUUUAUCUGGUAUUUAUAUCUGUUAUUUCACCCAUCAAAAAUAAGAAGUUGAUAUUGACUUAGUAGAUGAUGAAAAUGCAUUUAUAAAUCAAAAAGCACCUAAACUAUUGAAAUAUGUAGGAACCUCUUCAAAUCACAAAUUUCUUCUCAAUUAAAACUUAACUGAAUAAGCAAUUCUAACAUAUGAAGUACUUAAACCACCUCCUCCUGUUGAAGAAGGCAAAGCUCCAGAAGUAUAUUAAGGUUGCUACAUACCUGAUGUUAUCAAAGAACCAAAAGUUUAUUUUCAUAGAUUUCCAAAAUUGGGAUGCUAUUUUGCUAUUCCUAUGAAUUUUGAAACUUCUCUCUUUGAAGUAAUAAAAUUUAUAUUAUAUUAGGAUGCCUUUGAUGCAGGUUUAAUAAAUAGGAUAAAGUACAAUUCUGAAGUAGAAACUCAAAAGUAAGAAAUAAAAGCAAAAGAAUUAGAACAUAAAGAAUAAUUAUAAAAUGCAGAAAAUGAAGAAUAAAAAUAAUAAUUGGAAGAUGAAUACUAAAAUUAUUUAUCUUCAUUACCACAACUAGUAGAAUAACCUUUUUUAGGCAUCUAAUAAUAAUAUAUUGUAUGUGGUGAUACUUUAGGGUAAGAUAGAAAAUUGUCAUAGGAAGAACGUAAUUAAUUAUAUGAUAUGAUUCAAUAAUUUGGAUAAAGUUAUUAAGAGAAAGAGAUGUCAUUAUUAUCAGAAGAUAUUAAUUAAUAAAUUGAAUAUUAAAAUACUAUUCCUGAAAAAUUGGAAGAGAAUUAUUUAGAUUAAGAAAAUUAAUUUGUAGAAUAAUAAGCUGCUAAUUUAGAAGAAUUAAAGUAAACAAAUGAAAGAGAUUAUAAUUAUGAAAUAGAGUGUAUCAAAUUCGAUUUUCUUAAGUAACAAUUUACAGCCAAAGAUUUUGCCUCCACUGUUCUUAGUUUAACAAAUAGAAGAGUUAUCAAAUUCCCUAAUAUUAUUAAAGCUUUAUUCUAUUUAUUAGGGUAUAAAAAAGAAGAAAUCACAUAAGAAAACAAAUUGAAUUGGAAGAUUGUGGCUUCCUAUAUAGAUUAUAGAUUUUUAGCAAAAUUAGCACUCAUUAAUCAUAGAGGACCAAAAGAAGCUCCACUUUAACAUGCUACAAUAUUUAGAUUAGAAAGAUUGAUAGAUAUAUAUGAUGAAGAAAAAGUUAUGAAUUACAAUUGGGCUUUAGGAUAUUUACAAAGAUUUCUCACUUUGUAUUGUAAGUUAAGAAGAGAGGAUGUUGCAAUUAGAAAGGAAAUAUUGCAGGAAAAGAGAGUGUAAUUGUAAGCUGCAAAAGAAUAAUUAGCCUAGUUAUUAGUAUAACAUUAAUCAAAUAAUAAUAGGAAUAAAAAGAAAUAGAUUUAUAAGCAGCAAAAACAAACUUUUAAGGAGAGGAAGGUGAAGAAUUUGAUGAAUAGAAAUGGAUAGAAGAAUGGGAAUCUGAACAUAAUCUACCAGAAAUUGGAUCUGAACCAUAAGAUGAAAUUGAUGAUGACUUAGAAUGA